AUGCUGCUCUUAGCAGUUGCAACUGCCAUCAAUUGGGUUGGCCUUUGGGGUGAGGCCGUGCGAGAGACCAGCGACGAAGUCCGGCGCUAUGUGUCAAGCGGCGGCACGGAUGUGCCACAACAAGUGGUCGAUGAAGAGGACUCCCCAUGUCCUUAUACGGGUGCUGGAGCCGCAUGGAAGACUGAUGUGCCAUCUCCUUGGUGGGUGGACUCUCAGUUCCACACAGAAGGACCUGCUGAUGAUGAGUCGAUCCCUCGCAAAAUAGAAGGAUGGUGGAGAGUUUUGGAUUACCAGCGAGAUCCAGAGGCUGAGGUUGGGGAUGACUUGAAUGUCAACGAGCUUUGCUUUGUAGAGAAGCUUUGGACAGAUCGUGUUCGAGUAUUCAAGGCAGGUUUGCGAUUUGCAGCUGAUGCAGAGGGCUUCGAAUUCUGUUGGAUCAAGGUGCGGUUUGUCGCUUCUGGGGACUACGGCUUGGUCUAUCGAGUGCUACGGAUGGUGGACUCAUCGAAGCAGGCGUUUGAACGGGAUGAGGAGGAUCCACAUUUGGUCCUGGACAUUCCACGAGGUUCAGACCGAGCUACCAUAAUCAAAGCUUAUCGCAGGCUUGCAAGACGGUGGCAUCCAGAUAAAGUCAAGGAAGAGGAGCACGAACAGGCUGUUCAGGAGUUCAGAAGAGCUCAUCAAGCCUACGAAAACUUGCUCGCAGAUCCAGAAAGGAGUUCAGACCUAAUGGUGCUGAAGAUGCAACAUCCUUUUCCACCUCGGCCAAAACGAAUUACUAUUCCGAUGGCAUUUCAAACUGAGGCGAAAUGCUUGAGCUUGGUCUCUCAAUUGAGAUUGGCAAAUGUCCAGAAGCUGGUUGAAGUGGGGCCGAACAUCGAGUUCAUUGUGAGCUGGCCAUACUUGCCAGAAGCGCUGAUUCCCGCCAAUCAAUGUGACGGGAUCAGCCAGGUGGAUCGAGUGGAUCUUGUGAGAAAAGGAUGGCUCUACUCCCAGCAUUCUGACCUUCGCAUUCGCAACUUUUACAUGUUCCUUACCAUGUUGAAGUCGCAAGAAGGCACAGCAGAUCAUUCGCAUGAUGGUCUCAAUGAUCAGGCCUUGAGCGAUGGCAAGAUGAAAAAACCCGUGACCAGCGUAAGCGGCCCUACCAUGGACCUCAUCAAUGAGGAUGAAGAGGACAAUGUGUCCUUGCUGUUGGAAGAAGAGGAUGAUGAGGAAGAGUACCAAGAGGAAGCAGAAGAGGAGAUCUCUGCCGAGCACGACGCCCCUGCUGAGGACGAUGGUGGCCCUUCACCUUCGGCUCCAGCGGUGACUCGCUCAGGUCGCAAUGGACCGAGAUCUUCGACCCCCUCAGUUGCUGGCAGCUCCAAGUCGCAAGACCAUAAGAGUGCGGCCAGUCCGGGACCUAGCCCCAGCAAAGACUCUUCCAGGUCAGCUUCGAAGUCUCGCGGUCCUGAAGAUCGUGGUUCUCAGAAGCGCCCUCGCGGGAAUCUCCCGCCGGCGCCGAAGUUCGAUGGUGACCGCAAGGCCAAUCCAAAGUGCUUCAAGGUUUGGCUCGGGAAGGUUGAUUCCUAUGUCGAGAUAGCCCGCAAGAUCAUCGAUGACUCGGAGAUUGGGCUUCGACUUCAUGCAGCCUUGGAAGGCAAAGCAGCCGAGUUCUUGGAGGACGUGCCCGCUCGCACCUUUGGCAAGGUGGACGGCUGGAGGAUCCUUUUGAGGGUCUUGCAGGACAAGUUCGACGAGCCCCAGGUCCACAAGAUCGGCAGCGCCGUGAAGGGUUUCUUCAAGAUGCAGUUGGGUUCUGGCUCUUGCACUAUGCGGGAGGCAGCCGACGCCUUGGACAAGGCCCACCGAGACUGCAGAGACACUGGUUUGAGCGUGCCGGAUGCCGUGCUGAUCUACUGGUACUUCGAGCAUGCCGGAGUCAGCCAAGAGAGACAAGCCAAUUUGCCGGCUGGUAAAGGCCGUGGUGCACACGAGGCACACACUGUGGAUCAGCAGCAGACCGAUGAGGUUUCGCUGCCCAGUUGGGAUGCUUCAGAAGAACAGCUAGAAGGCUGGCUGAUGGACUACGACCCUGUCGAGAUGCUGGCGGACGUCGAGAUGAACGGGGGCGUCCCUGAGGAUUUGACUCGCGAGCUCCACCACUGCUUCGCGACCCACCGCGAGAACAGGCAGAAGCUCGCCAAGGCCGUGAAGGCCAGGGGAUUCUAUGUCUCCGGAUCCUCGAAUGCUGGCAAAGGCAAGAAGGGUCAGAAAGGCUCCAAAGGCAAGAAGGGCAAGGGAUCUUCGAAAGGCGGCGGCAAAGCUCGUGGAGGCAUGACUCUUCAGGAGUUGAAGGCCGUCACAACUUGCGGUGACUGCGAACAAGUCGGUCACUGGCGUGGAGAUCCAGAAUGCCCCAAGCAACGACGUGGUGCACAUGAAGCAGGUCGCGAGGACGACUAUGAUCCUUGGGAUGCUGACUGGUACGACGACGCUGACUACAAGUGGGAUGAUGGCACUUGGGACGAGUUCCAGGAGAACCAAGCGCGUGCUGCGCACACUGCCACUCGUCCUGCGCAGGUCAAGCCUACCAGAACUCCACCUGCGCCAACUUCGUUGUCAGGUCGCAAGCUUGAGCCAGCUACAUCCUACCGUUCCUCUUCGGCGACACCCGCGGACGAGAACCAGGUGAAGAAGGUGGCGCGGAAAGUUGAAGCUCUCCGCAAGAAGGCAAAGCCCGAUGCCUCUCCUUUGAGCCUUGGCGCCGUGCGAGAAGAGCUGGCCAAGGACAACACCUCGAGCAGCUUUGUCGCGACUGAGGCCGUGAAGACCUUCAUCGAGGACGCUCGUGUGAAGAGCACCUACAGUCGUGCACCAGCUGUUGCGUCAGUCGCGGAAGCCAUCCGCCACUAUGACAAUGACACCUAUGAGGAGGUGGGAUCGGCAUGGACUUUGUUGGCCGGUGACAAGAAGCAGAAGGCACCGGACAUUGAAGCUCUUCGCCAACCUCGUCGCAACUUCAUGACCCGUCGAGUUGGUUGGACCAAUGUGGAGACCAUCCCGGACUCCGACGAUGAGGAACUCAUGACAGAGCAACAGAUCCACCGGCAUGUCAGCUCCCUGACCAGGCGAGCACCAACUGUGCAAGACGGCCGACGCUACAUCACGAUUGACACCGCGUGCGAGAACACUGUCUGCGGCUCUAGCAUCUUGGAUCUGAUUGUUCGACGCUUUUUGGAGGACUACCACAUCGUCCCCAAGAUUGAGACUGAGUCGGAACGCUAUUGUUUUGGCCCUGGUGAGCGGAUCACAUCGAGCACGAGAGUCAGUUUGCCCAUCGCAGUGCAAGGCGUGGCCAUGGUGGUCAACACAUCCACCAUCGAGCAAGCGCCAGGACGUGCUCCAGUACCGUUCCUGGCAGGCCAAGAUUGGCUUCUUUUUGUGAAGACCAUCAUCGAUGUGGGCGCUGGCACUUUUUCCAUGCCUGACAUUGGAGUCACGGCACCUUUGUUGAUUGACCACACUGGUCAUGUGGUCAUCGCCAUCGAUGAAUUUCCUGAUGGCAAGUGGCCGCACGGCUUGAACCCCAAGGCCAUCGGCUACGAGGGCAUCGUUUUCGACCCUUACUGGGCCGACAGUUCUCAGCCCCUCGACGUUGACAAAAUCUUCGUCAACGAGGGACCAGACCCUCUCGCUGGCCGUGAAAUCUACGCGUCCGACCGCUUUGACCGCUUUGAGUCCACCAAGUUUGAGUCCACCAAGUACCACCUGAAGACUAGCCCCAACUAUUUCUAUGAGCCCAAUGAUGACGACUUCCUUUCCGACCAGAACCUCACUAGGGGCCCCUGCACGGUGAAACCAGACUAUUGGGAGUUUCAGUUUGACAAAGGCAUGAUCAUCCGCCACCACUGCAGGCCGAGAAGUUGCCUCUUCAGCCCUACGGACGACAGGUCCGGGCCUGAUCCCGAUACGUUGUCGUUCGAUCGGGUUACUGUGGUGAAGGGCUUCAAAGAUGUGGUUCGAGAUGUUUGGACUCCGCUCGAAGCUCAACAAGAACUUCCUUUUGUUUGGACCGGCUUCACAGUUUUGUUUUUGAAAGAUGUGUCAGUGCAGAGUCAUUCACUUUUUCAGCCACAACCUGUAGCCGGCGUGGACAUUGUUUUUCCUGGUGGCAGUGAACAUGUGGUCAGCGCCAAAAGUCUUCAACCACAUACCAACAAGAGGAUUUUGCAGUUUGACCUCGAUGUCUACAUGGGCAAGCAAGCUCUGAGGGCAUGGCAGCGCCUGAUCAUGGCCAUCGAACGUCUUUGGAUGCUCCUGGCCAGGUGGGAAGGCAUCAAUCUCGCCAUCAGAGAGUUCAAGCACCGGUCUCCGGCCCUGAUGGGCUACAUGGAGGCAAUGAUGCGCCAACAGCAGCAGAUGCCAGCGACGGUGCCGCCGGCGACGACCAAAGCAGCGGGUCAGACAGCCAAGGCCUUGCAAUCGGCCUAUCCGCUGCAGAUCCCUCAUUGCCCCCACGAGGUGGCGUCAGCUCGGCGCCUGGGCAAUGCUCAUGGGAAGUUUCUGGAAUGCCUGGACUGCGGGCUGCUGAAGAAAGCUCUUCCUUCGGACUACACGGUGCCGAUCAGCAAGGAGAAGGUCCCCGCGUAUGCCUACCUCCACGGCUAUCGUCAGCAGCCAGGCGCAAAAGCAACAAAGUUCGUCCUCAAGCCAAAGGAGGCGGCGUACUAUGGCAACUUGGCCGAUUGCCACUCGCUGUCCUCGCAACCGGCUUUGGAGGUUUCCAUCAACGAUGUGGUCUUGAAGAGGAAGGUGGACCCCAAAGCCAAGAGCAAGACCAAGCCAAGGCAAUCUUCGCCGAAGCGCUCCUUGGCGACAGCUUCCAAGGACGAGGACGACAGCUGGGACAAGGUGAUGGAGGUCAGCGACGAGGAGGAGCGAGCGCUCGCCAUGAGCCGGGCCUCUCGCAAAGCAGUGCAAGACAAAAUGGCUACCUCCAGUUGGCCAAGACGGACCUUUGGGUAUGACAUCAUCGAGAUCUUCGGCGGCGCUUCGAUGAUCUCACUUCGAGCAGGCCGCAACUGGGGAUUGAAAGUCUUGCAACCUAUCGACAUCAGGUACGGUGUCGACCUUCGGCAGCGCAAGUGGAGACGUUGGCUCUUGCGCAAGCUAGAUGUUUGGAACCCUCGCCUGGCCAUUCUCGAGUACCCUUGCACCGUUUGGUCGAUCCUGCAGCGCAACUGCAACUACCGAGACCGUCCAGAAGAACUCGCUGAACCUCAGGAUGCCGACCGACCUUUUCUCCGGUUGUGCAAGGACGUGUUUGACAGUCAGAUCCGGCGACAUGGCCAUGGUUUGUGUGAGAAUCCAGCAACUGCGGACUCCCAGAACGAGGAGGACAUCAUGGCUCUUCGUCGGCAACAUCAUGAAACCACUUCGUGCCUGUGCCAUUUGGCAUGGCAGGACGACAUGGCUUGUUCCAAUACAGCAUUGUCAGCAGCAUAUCCACCUGACUUGGCCGAUGCCAUCUGCCGGGCUUACUUGGAGAUCAACGAGGAAGAGGAUUUCGGCUUGAAGCACACUUGGGACACCUAUGAACCGCGAAGCUCCUACUUCGUGGACGUCGACCGCACAGAGGACAAGUGGAUGAAGAUUCAGGCCUUGACUCCCUGGCAGAUCGCCAAUGUUCAACUGUCUCAUCUACCAAAAGCCAAGCGGGUGAGACUGAUGCUCAACGAUGGUUCCUUGACCAUUGAGACCGAGUACUUGCCGGACGCUCAAGCACCUCGUGAACGUUUUGUCACUCCAGUUCGUUGGGCCAUCUUCAUCCUUGGGUAUGCCCCGGGUGAGCCAAAAGAACCUUCACCAGCGGCGCCAGCUCCUGAACAACAUCUACAUGAAGACCUUGUUGCGGUGGACGACCCCGUGCACACCGCUCUUCAAGAAGAAGGCUUGGUGCGGCAAGAUUUCGCUGGAGAAUGUUGGUUCGUGGGCCCUCCGCUGACCAGUGCUCAGAAGAAACUGGCCGUUUCAUUGGUCAGAAUGCAUCGCAACCUGGGCCAUCCAAGACAGCCUGAUUUCACAAGGGCUUUGGCUCAGCAAGAUCGACUAGAACCAGAGGUGUUGGCUUUGUCACGCCGUUUGAGGUGCGCUACAUGUGAGAGAACCAAGAGGCCUUUACCUCCGAGACCUUCCUCACUGAAGAGCACACCACCGUUCAACACCAAGCUCUCCAUGGACUUUGUCUACCUCCAUGACGUGGAUGGCGAGAAGUUCAACUACUUGCACGUGCUAGAUCCAGCUGGCGGCUUCAAUGUUUUCGCCUUGGUGCCGAACCGUGAGCUCGCCACCACUCUGGACACCUUCGCCAUGUCUUGGACAAAUUGGGCCGGUUUUCCAAAACAGAUCCGCCUCGACAGAGAUGGCGCCUUUGAGGGCAUCUUGCAAGAGAAGCUGACCAACAUGGGCAUCGAGCUGGACUACAUUCCCGCUGAGGCUCAUUGGCAGUCUGGAGAUGUUGAAGCCUUCAACCGGGCGUUCCGCAAUGUUGGAAACCGCCUCAUCGAUGAGUUCCAGGUGAAGGGCGAGCAAGACAUGCGCCUUUUGGGCGCGCAAGUGGCAGCCUCUCUCAACGACAGAGUCCGCAUGAGCGGAGCAUCCGCAAACGAAUGGGUCUUCGGACGGAACCCUUCCUUCCCUGCGGACCUCCUUGAUUUUGACGGCAAGGCAGAAGCUUUGAUGGGCAUGGGCCGGGACUCCCAACUACGCUGGAGGCAAUCAGCGCGAUCUCGCGCUGACACCCUGAUCUCCGAGUACCGGACCAAUGAAGCCUUGCAGAAGGCAGUCAUGAGACAGAGUCGACCACCUCGCCAACGUUAUGAACCUGGUGAACUGGUAGCUUUUUGGAGGAACAUCAAGAAGAAGAAGGGCAAGCUCGUGCAACCGGGCUGGUUCAGAGGCACGAUCAUCCGGCCUCAGAAAGGCUCAGAAGAAGGCAAGCAGUCCAACUACUGGAUCACCUCCAACGGCAGAUGCGUCCUGGUCUCUCUCGAACAACUUCGACCAGCCUAUGGGACAGAACUCUGGAGAAGUCGGAAGAGACACUACCACCUCCUCAACCUCCUGAAGUUCCAGCUGGACACCAACAAGUACCAGAUCAGCCGGCAACUUCGUCAGCGCCUUCAGAUGCGACUCAACCGCAUCAGAGCUCGCGCUUGCACUCGCGUGCUCCAGGUGAGUUCAGUGCUAGCGGCAGCUCUUGCAGACGACAAAUGGCAUGUCUCCAAUGACCGCGUGUGGUUGGUGAGAAGUCACAACAAGCCGAGACGGCGCCUCUUUUCCCCUUUUGAGGCCAUGGCUUCACCGGUAAACCCACACCGCUUGGGACAAGCUCGACAGACCAAGCUGAAGUUUGUCAAUGCCACCUUCACCUAUGACCCCGACUCCGCGAAGGACCAGAUCGUCGAGGACACUUGGGAGAAGGACAAGAUGCAACCAGAUAAGGGUCGUGCUUGGGUUGGCAAGACGCGCUUCCGCAUUGCUUGCGCCACGCGGAAGGAGCUCAAGCAACUUGAGAAGGAGAUCCCAUGGCACCUCAUCCCAGACGAGGAGCGCAAGGGAUACCGUGAAGCUCUGGUCAAAGAGUGGAGUGUUUGGCUCCGCUAUGGCGCGGUUGUGGUCUUGGACCUUGAGGCCUCCCGCUACAUCGAGGACCACGUUGAUGCUGCACGGAUCCUCAACACCAGGGUCUGCUACAGAAACAAGAAUGCAGCGUAUCCCUGGCUCCCUGUGAAGCACAAAGCUCGUUUGGUUUGCCGUGGUGACCAGGACCCUGACUUGACCACACUCCGGAGAGACGCUCCGACCAUGAGCAGGGCUGGAAUGUUUUGUUUGCUUCAAUUGGCAGCUUCACAUCCAGGUUGGUUCCUGUUCAACUCCGACAUCACCGGAGCUUUCCUUCAAGGAGAUCAGAGCUUGGCCGCCAGGAAAGAACCUUUGUUCCUGAAGCAGCCUUGUGAGGGCUUGCCUGGCAUGCACCCAAAGCAGCUGAUGAUGGUGGUCCGCGGCAUCUUUGGUUUGGCAAACUCGCCAAGACUUUUCUGGCGACACCUGAGGGACACCUUGAUCAAGAUCGGCUUCCGACAGAGCACACUCGACCGGGCCAUGUUUUUCUACUACAAGGAUGAGCGCCUCAUUUUGGCCCGUGGUGCACAUGUCGACGACCUCCUUGGCGCAGGUGAGCCCGGCACCGCUGAUCAGGUGUUGGAUCAGAUCAAGCAAGCAUUCGACUUUGGAGCAUGGGCUGAUGACCGGACCGACGACGUCCUCGAGUACGGUGGCAAACAGAUCCGCCGCAAGUCCGAUGGCGCGAUCCUCCUCAGUCAGGACAAGUUCAUCAGGGCUACAUCAGUGACCCCACUGCCAAAGUGGCGUUCGGCUACACCUAAUGCCCCAUUGCUGGCAUCAGAGAUGACCGAGCUGCGGAGUGUGGGCGGUUGCUUACACUGGAUCGUGGGACAGACACGUCCCGACCUUGCAGCGGUUAAGCUUCUCAAAGAGGCCAAGCAGUCCGAAGAUUGGGCCUUGCAGUUCCGCCCCAUAGACCUGGAGAAGUCCAUGGUGGUUGUUUUUUCGGACGCCAGUUUCGCCAACACAGAGGGCCUUCGGUCGCAAGCCGGCUACCUCGUGUUCGUGGCGGAAGACACGGCUUUGACAGCCGAUGGUGGUCGUGCUUCCUUGAUGGAUUGGCGAUCUCACAAGAUCAAACGCCAAUGCCGUUCCACGUUGGCAGCUGAGACAAUGAGCCUCGAUGCAGCUGUGGACUCCGGCCUUUACAUCCGGGAGAUCCUUGCUGAAGCUUUGAUUCAGGACUAUGUUCCUUGCCAGUCAGGUCGCUUGCCAGCUUCCUUCAUCCCGAUGGCGGCCGCAACGGAUUGCAGAAGUCUGUACGACCUGUUGGUCAAAGACAGUGCUUUGUCCACCACCCAGGAGAAGAGACUGGCAAUAGACAUAGGUGGUCUCAAAGAGACAGCCGCAGAAUUUGAUGAGCAGCAGGAACAGUUGGCCGAUGUUUACAAAUGGGUGGAUACGCACCACCAAAUGGCCGACCAUUUGACCAAGCAGAAAGGCGAGGACGUCGAUGAUGAUCCAGAAGGUCUCUGUGAUGCGGACAUCAAUACACUUACGCCGGUGCAGCUUUUGCUGCGGGCGAAGCGCAAGAAGAGCAGACGGGCAAAGCUACCAAAAGAAAAACCGAAUGUUACUAUUCAUGUCGCAGAGACUUUGCCAGAUGGGACACUGGGCCUAGGGUUAGAUGAUGCGGACGAAGAGCUCCGAGGUUCAUUCUCCAUUUGA